CCUGAUACUUUCUGUCUCAUCUCUCUGUGCUGUAAUGUGGCAUUCUUCAUUACUACAUGGCCGUAGAAGAAGCUGAUCCAUCAUACAUAGUGUUGAGUGUGCUUCCUCUUGUUUGCGCCUUGAGGUUUGAAGGUGGAGCUUCAUGGAGUUCCUCUUGGUUUCAUUUACUGUUAACCUAAAAAUGUGAAGGCAAGCGUUGAGUGCUUUUGUCUGGGCCGUCAUGGUUUACAUCACUGACUUCUGACCUCCGGAUUUUAUCAGUGUUUCCUGGUAGUGUUAAAGAUGACUGCGAUCCAGUACCUGGUUUGGUUGUGGUUAAUCACACAAACUGGGUUUGUUCGCAGUGAGAUUGUGUUCUUCGAGAAGCAUGAGGGGGAAUCUGUGGUUCUUCCCUGUGGAGUUGAGCCGAGACACCCCUCACCCAUAGGUGUCUACCUGAGGCGCAGCUGGCUGCGUCCAGUUGAGGUGCUGUUCAUGUACACCAAGAGCGAAUUCUCUGUGACCAAUGAUGAUGACAAAAAUCGCACAACUGUCAGUGGAGACCCGAGCAGCCACUCUCUGAAUGUGACCAUCUCUCAGUUGACGGCUGAUGACACAGACCGCUACUACUGUGAGUUUGUCAUGGCCAACUCUGCCUCUGAAGACCUACACGUACGUGGAAGGACUGAAUUCUUCCUGCUUGUUAAGGCUGAUGCCCAUGGGUUGGUGGACAUAGGGUUGGUAGAGACAUGUGCCGGGGGCUUUGCUGUGCUCCCCUGUUUCUCCCCAAAUGAGGAAGGCUUGGCCGUGGAGGGGGUGAGUCUAAAGCGACAGAGGGGCUUGGCUCCAGUGGAGACGUUGUACCACUCAAAGAGUCACCAUGGCAGGAGUCCUCCUUCCUCCUCCUCCUCUCAGUUCUCUACUGAGAGGGUCCAUCUGUCCUCGGCGCCCGGCCCCAGUGGCAUCACCUACAACCUCACUCUGCAGCAGCUGCAGCCAGAGGACAGUGCCAUGUACAGUUGCAAGCUGCUCAUGCAUGGCAGGUCCGACGACUCCACCAGUCUAGGGAGACGAGUGUUCUUUGUUUCUGUGCAAGGAGGUGAUUGUGGCUGCUCCAACUACUCCACUCUGCUGUAUGCUCUGUCUGCAGCUGUAGCCAUUCUCCUCCUCCUCGUCCUCAUUGGAUUUGUGGUGAUUUAUCAAGGCAAAGCACACCACAGUGUGAAGUCACACCCUCAGGGUCCCAUCUACGAGGUGAUGACCGGGCUGCCGCCCCUCAGCCGAAAACUGGCCUCUCACCAUCUGGAGGAAAUUGAAUCUUCUGAGUAUAGAAACUGCCCUGUGAAGAAAUCCCGCCCUGAAAACCAUUAUGAAACCUGAGACCUAGUCUCAGAAAUGAAAUAUUAGACUUUCUCUCCAGGAUCAUGAACUUUUACAUUUUAUCAGCUUCCUCCUAAGAGUCCACAUACUGUUUUUUGUUGUUAUGUUUAUUGGACUGUUGCUAGUUUUUAGUAUAAGAGUUUUUGCUUUUGUAUUUUGACAUUUCCAUAAGAGCCUUUGUAAAUAUUUGCAAUGGGGUGGGGUAGUAUAGAUAUGUUAUAAAAUUUUAUACCCCUGUCAGUAUAUAGUGUGAUAUAAUACAUAUACUUGAGAAACAAAUUGUUUAUGUAAAAUAAACAAAGGGGGGGCAUCGUGUGGCGUAGUGGUCUAAGCAGGUGCCCCAUGUACGGCCAUCGGAUGGCCUUUACUGCAUGUCAUUCCCCCAUUUCCUGUCUCUCUACUGUCCUGUCAAAUAAAGGCAUAAAAAGCCCAAAAAAAUAUACUUUAAAAAUUAA